CUACCGCGUCCGCCAGCGCCGGGCCCGCGCCAUGGCCGCCUCGCCGGGCUCGGGCGGCGCCAACCCGCGGAAGUUCAGUGAGAAGAUCGCGCUGCACACCCAGCGGCAGGCCGAGGAGACGCGGGCCUUCGAGCAGCUCAUGACCGAUCUCACCCUGUCGCGGGUUCAAUUUCAGAAGCUUCAGCAACUGCGCCUUACCCAGUACCACGGAGGAUCCUUGCCAAAUGUGAACCAGCUGCGUAGCAGUGCAUCAGAGUUUCAGCCGUCAUUUCAUCAAGCUGAUAAUGUUCGGGGAACCCGACAUCACGGGCUGGUGGAGAGGCACAGCAGGAACCGCUUCCACCCCCUUCAUCGAAGGUCUGGGGACAAGCCGGGACGACAGCUUGAUGGUAGUACUUUUGGAGCCAAUUAUUCCUCACAGCCUCUGGAUGAGAGUUGGCCAAGGCAGCAGCCUCCUUGGAAAGAAGAAAAGCAUCCUGGGUUCAGGCUAACAUCUGCACUUAACAGGACCAAUUCUGAUUCUGCUCUUCACACAAGUGCUCUGAGCACCAAGCCCCAGGACCCCUAUGGAGGAGGGAGCCAAUCAGCCUGGCCUGCCCCAUUCGUGGGUUUCUGUGAUGGCGAGAAUGACGGACAUGGGGAAGUGGUAUCUUUCUCUGGCCCAUUGAAAGAAGAGACUCUGUUAAAUGUUCCCAAGCCGCUGCCAAAACAGCUGUGGGAGACCAAGGAGAUACAGUCCCUGCCAGGGCGCACUCGAUCCUGUGAUGUUGGAGGUGGCAAUGCCUUUCCACAUAACGGUCAAAACAUAGGCCUCUCAUCCUUUCUGGGAACCCUGAACACUGGGGGGUCAUUGCCAGAUCUAACCAACCUCCGUUACUCAGCGCCCCUGCCAGCCUCCCUGGACACUGGCAACCACCUCUUUGGGAGUAUGAGUAUGGGGAAUAGUGUGGGCAACCUCCCAGCUGCUAUGACUCACUUGGAGAUAAACUCCUCUGGUCUCCAGAGUUCUCGGAGUAACCCCUCCAUCCAAGCCACGCUCAAUCUAACAGUGCCUACCUCCUCCCUAAAUAGCCACCUGCAGACCUCUGCCCCCAAAGCCUCUGCUCUUCACCCUUCGUUCCGUUCUUUUUCCCGUAGCAACCCAUCUCUUUCCACCACAGACCCAAGUGGCCCCUCUCGGAGGAGGCAGCCUCCCGUCAGCCCUCUCACGCUUUCACCUGGCCAUGAAGCACAUCAAGGUUUCAACAGACAGCUCUCUUCAACCAGCCCACUGAACCCAUAUCCUGCCUCCCAGAUGGUGCCCUCAGAUCGAAGCCCGCUUUCCUUCCUGCCCACAGACGCUCAAGCCCAAUUAUCCCCACCGCCCCCUUACCCCACGACCCAGGACCUCCCCCAGCCUCUCCUCCAGCAGCCCCGAGCCCAGGACCCCCCUGCUCAGCUGCCCCAGGCAGCCUCAGCACUGCCCCAGUCAGACUUCCAGCUCCUUGCGCCCCAGGGCUCGUCUUUGACCAACUUCUUCUCAGAUGUGGGCUUUGACCAGCAGUCCAUGAGGACAGGCCUGGCUUUUCCUCAGCAGGUGCCCCUGUUGCAACAAGGUCACCGAGAACUGCAAGACUCACUUCACUUAAGACCAAACCUGUAUCCCAACUGCGGGAGCUUCCCAAACACCAUCCUGACAGAAGACUCAAGCACCAGCCUAUUCAAAGACCUCAGCAAUGCGCUGGCAGGCAUGCCUGAGGUCAGCCUGAACGUGGACAAUCCAUUCCCGUUGGAAGAUGAGCUCCAAAUUGAACCCUUGACCCUGGACGGACUCAACAUGCUAAGUGACUCCAGCAUGGGCCUGCUGGACCCCUCUGUUGAAGAGACGUUUCGAGCUGACCGACUGUGAACAGAAUGGAGCAGAACAGGAGAAUUUAUUUCCAAAACAGCCAAAAUAGAACAGAAUAGAAUGGAGCCAGCGAUACGCCUGGGCUGUAGUUAUCUCAGGCUUUUGACGUGGAACAAACCAAUUCCAGUGCUCCAAGCUUCCAGAUGAGUUCCCAUGACUGAUCCUAGACCUCCAGGACUACGCGCUGUUUCUCAGGCCCACAGUGCAGGCUGCUUGGGGGCUUCUGGUGAACCUGACAGUUCAUCUCCGUGACCAUUUCACCUUUAGCCAGUUGAUGUGUAAAAGUAGGAAACAUCAUGUAACAGAGGACUUGGCUGCACUGUGCAGUGCUACGAACCACUGAUCUCAACCGAAGGAAGGACUUGGAGGUGGAGCCGGUGAGGGGCCUGGACCUGAGGGCUUUGGCUCAGCAUCACACACGGUACCACAGCCCCACAAUGCCUUCCCUGACUCAACUGUUACUGGCUGGAGCCGGGGCAUUCUAGGGCAGAGUGAGGAGCCAUGGCUCGCUCAGAUGCCUUAAUUCCAAUAUGAAGAAGAAUUUUUACCAUGAGUCCUAGAAUAGGCUUGAGUUAAAAAAAGAAAAACCCAUUGCUGUCGAGUUGAUUCAGACUCAUAGCGACCCUAUUAGGCAAACCGAAUGCUGAUUUGUUUUCUCCAAGUUCGUAAUCUCUUUCCUGCUGCUUCUGUUUACCUUUUCCUUAUGGACAGGAGGAAAAGAAAAACUAUUCUAUUCAGUCACUGAAAAGUCCUCCAGCAAUGGAUAAGCACUCUUCCUUGUGGCUGGGGAAGAAAGAGAGAUAAGGCUUAGGAGUCUCACAGACACACACAUCCUCUGGACAAGCUCUGGCCUCCUUCCUACAGACCAGCUGGAGGGAAAAAGGCUGCAGGGUUGAAUCAGACCCACCCAGCACCUGAGCUUUCCAUUCACUCCCAGAGCUGUUUCUCUGUGGAUUGGGAGUGUUAAUGUAACCCACUAGACCGUCAGCUCCUUGAGGGCAGGACUGUGCCUUACCAUCAUCGAAUCCAUAGAACCUAACAAGUGCCUGGCAUGGAAUAGGUGCUGCAUCGAUGCCUAUUGAAUGCAUGAAUGAAUGAGUGAAUGAAUGAAUGAGUGAAUCUGCCUUGCUGUAAGGCAGUCAAAUCUUUAGACACCCCCAUUUCCUGCCAAAUCUUCUCAGAGCUCUAGCUUUUCUAACACUUGAGCCUAUGUUUAAGCAUGCACUUUAAUAUGCUUUCGAAACACUGGGUGACCAAAUCCACAGCUAGACUGGGCACCCCAUUCUCCUCAAGGUAGAAACUUUGAGUGCCUCCAGAAUGGCUGGGCACAUUGAUGCUGCCCAGGUGCUAGGACCUGAGGGAUCCAGGCCCCCACCUCAAAAGAUCUUCCCUCUCAGAUCCAUGUUUCACUCUAAAUUGCUUAACUCGAGAUCCAUUCUUUGAGGUUUAAGAAAUGGUCAAUAGUAAAAUGAAGGCCUAAUUCAUGAAACCACCCCUAGCCGUUAAUACUUUAUCCUAAAAUAGUUUUACCGGAUUUCCACCACUGCUUGCCUCCCCUGGACACUGUCUCAGCUAACAUAGGCUAGACCAGUCCCACCAGGAAACCUGACAGGUGGGUUUGAAGGGAACAAAGGGAAACAAGCCUACAGCUCACCACAGUGAAGAGGUCUGGGCAAUGGGGGUGGGAAGAAGGCUUGGGAAGAUGGGUGUGUCGGGGAGGAACCCUGAAGGAGAGAUGAAAGAUGCCAGCUUUGCCUGUCUGGGCAGCACUGCCCUGGCAGGAGAUGCCAGGACUGUGACCGAAGGUGGCUGGGCUGCUCCCACCCAAAGAAGCAAGGCUGCACCAGAAGGGCCUGAACUGAACACGUCUGUCCUUCAGGGCCAGAAGAGUCUCAGGACACCCUCGGCUAGUUAGCUCCCCAGACCUCAUCCUGUUUCUCUCCUGUCUUCAGAGAGGACCACCUGAUCUUUAAAAUAACCCUGGUGGUGGGCUGCUCCAACUUGCUUAGGAACCCAGGUAUCCCUGGUUCACAUUAGCCCAAGUCCCGGCCACUGGAUCAGGAAACCAAACCAGACUCCCCAUUGCCUGGGCUCCAGCUCAGGAAGAGGCUGUGGCCUCCCCUUCCCAGUCUUUAUUUCCAGUGAACCCUUCAUACUCAGCUCUCAGGACAGGGUUACUUUAAAAAAAAAAAAAAAAAGGCCUUCCCUUGUAAUACAGUAACCAGCACACCAGUGUGUGAAAGAAGCCUCCCUUGCUGCCUGUCCUGUGUCAAAGGCCCUGAAACCUGACCUGGCCUUUCAGGCGGGGUGGGGGUGGUGCUGACACUGUAAAAGUGUUGUGGUUUGAAAAAGGAGGUCCCAGCAGAUCUGCCCUCUGCACAGUGCCAUCACCUUUGAGCGCCACAGCCUUAGUGUCGGGUCCCAGCUUUCUUUGUCUGCACAGCAGCCCUGCCUUACAACUGCAGACCCUCACUCCGUACAGCGAGGAUCAUGUGGCCCCGAGGGAAACUCCAGGAAACUCACAGCAGCCAGGCUCCCAGGAGAAGCAAUGUGUUCGGGGGAGUGUAACGAUGACAGUGCGCUUAGUCCUUAGGUCCAUCAGUCAGAUCUUUUUUCUUGGAAGGUUUUGGGCAUUAUACCACCCACGUUGCAUAGAUGGUUCGGGUCACACCCACAGACAGGUGCCACACUUGUCCCUCAGCAGGAAGCUGAAGAAGCAAACCAUCAUGGGCCUCGGCGCUUGAAGUAGCUACUUCAAAAGAAACCAUUUUUCAAUAUUUAGUCCUGUCACGCGAAAUCAAGUGUUGUACUACUCUCAUUUAUUAGCAGUUACAGUGUGGAACUAAAAACUUACCUGUUUUUCCACUUGUUUCUUUUCGUAUGGGUGUGGUGUUUAGGACAUACGGUGUUAGAAAAUUUUCUUGAUCAUGUCAAAAUCGACAUGCGUUCUCUUUUAUCCUGUUUCGUUUCUUCUAAGUACUGUAUAUCACCUGAGCUGAAAUGUUGAGUAUUCAAGUUCAUCUACAUGUUUGAAGACCUUUCCGGUUCUGCCUCUAGUUGGCUCUUCUGAUUUAUACACUGAUGGUUCCAAGUCCAUUUCCCUGGCUUCGCGGACGAGACCAUUGCAGCAACUAAUCAGACUUCCGCCAGUGUCCUAACUCCCAGGUCCCCUUGUAAACAAUAUUUAAAGAUCAGAAUUUGUAUAAAGUAGCUUCCAAGUUUUAUAAUGCAUCAUUUUACAUCUUUCGUAAUUAAAAACCGCACAAUAAGGUUG